CCCCAGCCCAGUCAAACUUCGGAAUUUGUUUACUGAAUGAACUCCUCCCUCCCCUUGGUCUCUCGGCUGAUCUCUGUGAAUUUGACCUUUUUUUUGUGAAUGAACUCUCCCGCCCCCUCGCUCUCUUUUAUCUCUCGUCUGACUAAAUUUUAAGACUUUUUCUGCGUGAAUGAAUGUCUCUGCACCACGAUAUCUUGCUGUCAAGACGUGUUGCCUGCAUUUUUUCAUUCCAGGUGAAAUGAAUUCGCCUUCUCCUUCACUUUGAAUCGCCCCUUUCACUUUGAAUCGUCCCUUUUUAUUUAUUCUUCCCCCCUCUUUCGCCUAGAGGGAAACUGUUGCUCUAUGAAUAAACACAUCAAUCAACUGAGAAGCAGCCUGCCCCAUUGGUUAGCUCAGCAAAGCCAUGCAAAUACAGCUUGGUCAUGCACAAAGCGCCACCCCCUGUUGCUGCGGUAACCAUUCUUCCUGCCUGAUGAGACAGCUUGAAAACUGUUUCACAGAUUAUAUUAAAGAAACAUUGGGAAAGAGACGGGGACAUUUUAGGAAGUUAAAAUAGCUCAGCCACAAAACUUUUUCAAACUCGCGUCGCAAUUCGUAAAGCAGCAUUCCUGCUUUGCCGUAAGAUUUCUUCAGGCAAGUUGUCAACCCACGAACUUGUUUUUUUUAAAGGAAUAUAAAACAUCCACAGUUUCGCAGGAUGCGUCACUGUUGCCAGGGCUUUUGUGACUCUUAUAAUCAUUAAACACGACCUGGGAGGGUCAGCAAUGUUGCAACCGGUUCUUAUUCAGUCUCUCGCCGGGUAAUUAACAUAAUUGUCAAAAAAAAUCAUGUUUGAUUUGGAUUUGAUCGUUGCAAUGACAGAUGUACCGAAUUAAACCACGCAACACGGGGAAGCUUAAGUAGGCAGGACUAAUUUGAAUAAAGGAUCAAUAUUGUUUUGCAAGGUUUAUUUGUUUAGUCUUGCAUCUGCUCCGGACCUGUCAAAUAUGUGUAGAUGUUGCUAUGGAUUAUUAAUGCCGAAUUAGAUGUAGAUAAUAAUGUUCAGGGGAGCUACGAUGUCACCAAAACUUAUUUUACAUAUCUUGGCCUGUGUUAGUCCUAGAGAAAGGAAGCCUGUAUCUUUAAUCAAGUAGAGAAGUGAGUGAUUGACAGCUAGAAAUUGGAGCCGAUGAAACAGACAGGCGACCAAUGAGAAAGAUCCAUUAGAAAACACUGGAGGCCCCUGGAGGAGAAGCAAAGGAAAAACGAGUGAAUUGAACACAAUCAUAGGUCUGGGCUGCCUUGAAAGGACUCUACAUCAACUAAUUCAUGCUAUUUACCAAAUCUGACGGGAAUAUUUAUAUGCGAUCGCUCUGCACCCAUUCAGGCUGACCGGGUCCAGCAAGGCACAGUCUACCCACCUCAAUGCUGAAGAGUAGGACGAGCUAAGAGUUUGCGAUGAGCUGCGGAAUCGACGGAUACUACGACCAGCAAGUGCCUUACAUGAUAACAACUCCUAAGCCACAUGGAGGGAAAUGUAGUGAAAGGACAACAAGUGAAAGGAAAAGAAAAUUCAUUGAUACAGAUUUAGCUCAAGAUUCAGAAGAACUCUUUCAGGAUUUGAGCCAGCUGCAGGAAACCUGGCUCGCAGAAGCUCAAGUCCCUGACAAUGAUGAACAGUUUGUGCCAGAUUUCCAGUCUGAAAACUUGGCUUUUCAUGGCCUCCCUCUAAAGAUCAAGAAGGAACCACAGAGUCCCUGUUCUGAGCUGAGUACUGCCUGCAGCCAUGAGCAACCUUUCAAGUUUAGUUAUGGGGAAAAGUGCCUGUAUAAUGUCAGUGCCUACGAUCAGAAGCCACCCGCAGGAUUGAAACCCUCUAACCCGCCAACCCCAUCCAGCACACCAGUCUCCCCCUUGCACCAUGGGUCACCUAAUCCUGCAGCAACUCCCAAACCGGACCGAAGUUUUCCAGCUCAUCUGCCUACCACCCAGCCCAUUCCAGAGAAUGCCUAUCCAAUGGAUCCUAGAUUCCGGCGUCAGCUCUCGGAGCCGUGCCAUUCGUUCCCACCUCCACAUGGGCUGCCCAGGGAAGGUCGUCCGAUGUACCAGAGGCAGUUGUCUGAGCCCAACAUCCCUUUUCCCCCUCAGGGCUUCAAACAGGAAUAUCAUGAUCCAGUCUAUGAACAUGCCACCAUGAUUAGUGGGCCCACAAACCAGAGUUUUCCACAGCCGAUGAUGAUUAAGCAAGAGCCACGGGAUUACACAUAUGAUUCAGGUUGCAUGUAUGAAAAAGGUCCUCGACAUUUUUAUGAUGACACCUGUGUAGUACCUGAAAAAUUUGACAGUGACAUCAAACAGGAGCCAGGCAUAUAUCGGGAAGGACCCACUUACCAGCGUAGAGGCUCUCUCCAGCUUUGGCAGUUUCUAGUGGCUCUGCUGGAUGAUCCAGCAAACUCGCACUUUAUUGCAUGGACGGGACGUGGCAUGGAAUUCAAACUCAUCGAGCCGGAGGAGGUAGCGCGACGUUGGGGAAUCCAGAAGAAUCGUCCUGCUAUGAAUUAUGACAAGCUGAGCCGUUCACUGCGCUAUUACUAUGAGAAAGGCAUCAUGCAGAAAGUCGCUGGAGAAAGAUAUGUGUAUAAAUUUGUCUGUGAUCCAGAAGCACUUUUCUCGAUGGCUUUCCCAGACAACCAGAGGCCAGUGCUGAAAACUGAUAUUGAGCGUCAUAUCAAUGAAGAGGACACUGUCCCUCUCUCCCACUUUGAUGAGAACAUGGCCUAUAUACAAGAUAGUGGCUGUUGCAAUCCCCAUCCAUAUAAUGAAGCCUAUGUGUACUGAUGCAACAUAUUUGGGGAAAAUGACUCCUUGUUUCUUUUCUUUUCUCUAUUAUUUUUCUCUGUAGACCAUGACCCAGGAUUUACUUCAUCUCUUCAGCAUCUCUGACAUCAAGUAAUGGGUCCACGGUUUCUGUCGCAUUAACCCCAUGGUCCACCACCAGGGACAGUGCACUUUAUGAAAAGACUCAUUCGAGUUCUACAUGUUUUUUUCAGGGUAGGGUGGGUGGGGAG